AAACUGAAACUGAUUAAUAACUGAAGUGAUUUGUUAUUGGUCUUAAACGCAGCCCAGUAACGUAACUCCCCGCCCACUUUUUAACGUUACACAGCUCAGAAAUGUUACGUUUGUGUCGUUGAAUGUGAAAUGUUAUCACUCGACUGAAUGGGCGGUAUCAGUGGUUAUCAGCUGAUACAUAUGGGCCAGAUGGGGGCUGUUAUCAUCCAUCCAGAUGGCUAAUAUCCCAUUCAAAUACAAGAGGAGACUCCAGAAUCCAAUCCCAGAGGAAUCCAGAACGUCUCCUGGAUAACGUGCUGACGUUGCGCUAUUUCACGCCAGAUAUUUUCUUUCCCGCAUUGAUAUUUCACUCACUGUCAGGACACACCUGCGUCAAAGGCUGUGAGGUAAUGUCUUAUCAGUCUAAUAAAGGGUCAGAUAGUACAGGAGGCGUGGACUCGAUGUGAACCGAUACAAGAGCCCCUGUGAAAUGACUAAAACACCACAGAUGACACGGAGCAGAGACUCAUGUGGACACAGCAAAUUUAGAUUCAGACCAAACUGAAGCUGAAUUAAAAAUGAAGAAAGUCAUAAGUAAAAACCCUCCAGUGGACGGCGCAGAUAAAAAGACAUCAUCACAUAAAGAUGCUGACAGCAUGAGUGUCGGCGAUAAAAAACAAGAGAAGGCUAUGAGCAUCGGGUUCUUUCAGAUGUUCCGCUUCGCCACAUUCAAGGAAAUCGUGAUGAUGAUUGUAGGAAGCGUUUGCUCUCUCAUCCACGGCGCCGCGGCUCCUCUCAUGCUGCUUGUCUACGGCAUGAUGACAAACACGUUUGUGUCCUAUGAGCUGGAGAUACAGGAACUGGCCGACCCCAACAAAACGUGUACCAACAACACAGUGACAUGGCUGAAUGGAUCUGUGGUGGAGAAGCUGGACAACAGCACCGUCUUCUGUGGUGUGGACAUCGAGUCUGAAAUGACCAUGUUUGCAUAUUACUACGUCGGUAUUGGAGUCGCAGUCCUGAUCCUUAGUUACUUUCAGAUCGCUCUGUGGGUGUCAGCCGCAGCCAGCCAGAUUCAACGAAUCAGGAAAAGGUACUUUAGGAAAAUCAUGCGAAUGGAGAUCGGCUGGUUUGACUGCAACUCCGUCGGCGAGCUGAACACAAGGAUUUCUGAUGACAUCAAUAAAAUCAACAAUGCCAUAGCAGACCAGGUGUCCAUCUUCAUCGAGAGGCUGUCCACAUUCAUCUUUGGGUUCCUGGUGGGAUUUAUUGGAGGAUGGAAGCUGACGCUAGUGGUGAUAGCAGUGAGUCCUCUCAUCGGAUUGGCUGCUGGACUCAUGGCUAUGGCCGUGGCGAGGCUGACGGGCCGUGAAUUGAAGGCGUACGCGAAAGCCGGCGCAGUCGCAGAUGAAGUUCUCUCAUCCAUCAGAACAGUGGCUGCAUUUGGAGGAGAGCAGAAAGAGACAGAGAGGUAUGAUAAGAAUCUGGUAGAAGCUCAGACGUGGGGUAUUAAGAAGGGAGCGAUCAUCGGAGUGUUUCAGGGAUACCUCUGGUGUAUUAUAUUCCUGUGUUACGCUCUCGCUUUCUGGUACGGAUCUAAACUGGUCAUUGAAACCAAAGAGCUCUCACCCGGCAGUCUCGUCCAGGUGUUUUUUGGUGUUCUCAUGGGGGCUAUGAAUCUGGGCCAAGCGUCUCCGUGUCUAGAAGCCUUUGCUUCGGGUCGGGCUGCAGCCAAGAGUAUUUUUGACACAAUUGACAGGGAACCAGAAAUCGAUUGCUUCUCAGAGGAGGGCCAUAAAUUAGACAAAGUUAAAGGCGACAUUGAAUUCCACAGCGUUGACUUCAACUAUCCCACUCGACCUGAUGUAAAAAUAUUAAAUGAUUUAAACGUUGUGGUCAAAGCUGGCGAGACAACUGCAUUUGUUGGUUCGAGUGGAUCUGGAAAAAGCACAACCAUUCAACUCAUCCAGCGGUUCUAUGACCCAAAAGAAGGAAUGGUCACUCUAGAUGGUCAAGACAUCAGAAGUCUGAACAUCCAGUGGCUGCGUUCUCUUAUCGGUAUAGUGGAACAAGAGCCGGUUCUGUUUGCCACCACCAUCGCUGAGAACAUCCGAUACGGCCGUGAAGGAGUCACUAUGGAGGAGAUUAUACAGGCCUGCAAAGAAGCCAACGCUUACAACUUCAUCAUGGAUCUACCUCAGAAAUUUGACACAUCAGUGGGAGAGGGUGGAGGACAGAUGAGCGGAGGACAGAAGCAGAGGAUCGCCAUCGCUCGAGCGCUGGUCCGCAAUCCCAGAAUCCUCCUGUUGGACAUGGCCACGUCAGCGCUGGAUAAUGAAAGUGAAGCUAUAGUUCAAGAGGCCUUGGACCAGGCUCGCCAGGGCAGAACAACCAUUAGUAUCGCACAUCGUCUGUCUACGAUCCGUAACGCUGAUGUGAUCGUGGGCUUCGAGCACGGGCGAGCCGUAGAGAGAGGCUCACAUCAUCAGCUCAUGGACAGAAAGGGAGUUUAUUUUACUCUAGUCACCCUCCAGAAUCAAGGCAACGAUUCAGCCAAUGAGAAAUCAGAGAACAUUACUGAGGUCGUUUCUGAUGAAGUUGUGCUUGAGAAAGUGGGAAGCUUCAGCAGAGGAAGUUAUGAGAGUGUCUUAAGGCGCUCAUUGAAACGGAGAUCUCAGUCCCUUGUGUCUAACGGCAUCAGCGACCCCAUAUCUGGAAAAUUAAGAUUCGGCUCUGAUAAUUUUGAAGUGGAGGACCGGGAUGUGAAAGAAGAGGAGAGCAAAGUUGCAUCAAAAGACAACAUCGCACCGGCGGCUGUCACACGCAUUCUGAAGUACAAUCGUCCCGAGUGGCCGUACAUGCUGAUGGGAUCCAUCGGUGCCGCCAUCAAUGGAUCUGUCAACCCUGUUUAUGCUCUCUUGUUCAGCCAAAUACUUGGGACGUUUUCCAUUCAAGAUCUGGAUGAACAGAGACGACAGAUCGAUGGGAUUUGUAUUCUGUUUGCUCUCGUGGGAGUGAUCAGCUUCUUCUCACAAUUCUUACAGGGCUACGCAUUUGCUAAGUCGGGAGAACUGUUGACCAGUCGCUUGAGAAAGGUGGGCUUUCAGGCGAUGCUGAGACAAGAGAUCGGCUGGUUUGAUGACCCCAUGAACAGCCCUGGUGCUCUGACCACCAGACUGGCUAGUGAUGCCUCUAUGGUGCAGGGGGCUACAGGUUCACAGAUCGGCAUGGUCGUAAACUCGCUGACAAACAUUGGAGCGUCGUUCAUCAUUGCCUACUACUUCAGCUGGAAACUGAGUCUGGUGGUCACCUGCUUUCUGCCUCUGAUCGGACUCUCUGGAGUCGUUCAGGCCAAAAUGUUGACAGGAUUUGCUAAUGAAGACAAGGAAGCUCUGGAGGCUGCUGGACAGGUCUCCAGUGAAGCUCUGAGUAACAUCAGGACCAUCGCUGGUUUGGCUAAAGAGAAGCAGUUUGUGUCUCAGUAUGAAUGUCAGCUGAAGGCUCCGUAUGAAGCAGCAAAGAAGAAAGCUCAUGUUUAUGGGAUCUGUUUCGCCUUCGCCCAGUGUGUCAUAUUCAUGGCCUACGCUGCUUCAUUUAGAUACGGUGGAUAUCUGGUGGGUAAUGAAGGCCUUUCAUACAUGAUUGUGUUCAGAGUGAUUUCAGCUCUGGUGAUCAGUGGCACAGCUCUCGGAAGAGCUUCAUCUUUCACACCCGAUUACGUGAAGGCCAAGAUCGCUGCGGCUCAGAUCUUCAAACUACUGGACAGAAUCCCCAAUAUAAGCAUCAGCGACACAGAUGGACAACGAUGGGAGGAUUUUAAAGGUAAAGUGGAGUUUAAUGGCUGCAAGUUCACGUAUCCCAGCAGGCCGGACGUCCAGGUGUUGAGAGGACUGAAGGUGUCGGUCAGUCCGGGUCAGACUCUUGCGUUUGUGGGCAGCAGUGGAUGUGGAAAGAGCACCAGCGUUCAGCUCAUGCAACGAUUCUACGAUCCAGAUGAAGGUCAAGUGCUGAUUGACGGACGUCCAUCUGACAGUAUCUGCGUGCCCUUCCUGAGGUCUCAGAUUGGUAUCGUAUCCCAGGAGCCCGUGCUGUUUGACUGCAGUAUAGCAGAAAACAUUCAGUAUGGGGAUCAUUCUCGACCCGUCAGUAUGGAGGAGAUUGUCGAAGCUUCUAAAAAGGCAUAUCUGCAUGAUUUUGUGAUGACGCUGCCUGACAAAUAUGAAACUCAGGUCGGCGCUCAGGGCUCUCAGCUGUCCCGUGGACAGAAGCAGCGUAUAGCCAUCGCCCGGGCCAUCGUAAGAAACCCCAAGAUUCUGCUGCUGGAUGAAGCCACAUCUGCAUUAGAUACUGAGAGCGAGAAGACGGUUCAGGCGGCACUGGACAAGGCUCGACAGGGACGCACGUGUAUCGUCAUCGCUCACAGACUCUCCACCAUUCAGUCGGCUGACAUCAUUGCUGUGAUGUCACAGGGCGAGGUCAUCGAACAAGGAACUCACGAAGAGCUGAUGGCCAAGAAAGGGGCUUAUUAUAAACUCGUGACAACAGGGGCAACUCUUAGUUAAAAAUAAAUGAAGCGUCACCAAACACUUUCAGACACUCCCUCCGCCUGCUACUCCAACAAUUCUUUUUAUCGCUGCUUAUGUUUUAAUGCAGCAGACAUCAUGAACCAGUAAUAGUUUCUUUUGAUGAGUAUUUAUCUCAUCAGUCAGGAGAACGUCCUUCAUUUACUUUAUUAUUAUUAUUAUGUGUUUUAUAUUGCACUUCGACGCGCAGUUCAAGAGUGAUUCAUGAUCCUGGAUGACCUCUAUACUGAAUAUAUUUUUAAAGAAGCAACUGUCAAUCAAAUAUUUGAGAAUGGUGUUAUCCAAACGUCUAAUACGUUCUGUAAAGUCUGUAUUGUAUUGUAUUGUAGUGAAGUGUGUGUUGUGUUGUGUUCAUGCACUAAGCAGAUAUGCUGUCCUUGAACUGUUGUCAGGACUGAUAGCAUGUUCUUAAUCACUGAUAACUUAUUUUUUAGUUAAUGUUUGCUGAAGCGUUAUAUCAUCAACGCUUUAGGUGUUUUGGUUUUGUCAACUAUUUGUCUACACACACAAAAAAAAACCUCACAAUAUCUUUGAUCUGUUUAUAUUGAAUUUUAGAGACACUAGGAGGACACUCACAAAUCUGAUCAACUCAAGUUUGAAACAAAUUUAUGAAUAAGGAAUAAAGGGGCAAAAAGUGAUUGGUACCAACAAAACAUCAUUUUAAUGAUUUACAUCUUUCUUUUCCAUAUAAAAAUAAUAACUAAAAA